AUGUUGAAGGGCGCGGAGGACGUCACCGCUGAAGUGUGGCCAGAGUCUGGCUCCCAAGUACUAACAGCCAGACUCUGGCCACCUUCAGCGGUGACGUCUCCGCGCCCUUCAACAUCACUACGACCGGCCACGCAGCUCACACUGCGAUGGUCUUCUGACCACGGAACUAACAAGAAGGGCUUCCGUAUCCGCUAUGUUGGGGACAUCAUCUGGUACCGCUGUCAUCCUGGCUUCACCCUGGUGGGGAGUGAGAUCCUGACAUGCAGACUGGGGGAGAGACUUCAGAUGGAUGGUCCUCCUCCCACAUGUCAAGUGCAAUGCCCGGCCCAUGAUGUGAGGUUUGACUCCACUGGAGUAAUCCUGAGUCCAGGCUACCCUGACAGCUACCCCAACCUGCAGAUGUGUAUCUGGACCAUCAAUGUAGAGAAGGGCUACAACAUCACCCUGUACUUCGAGACCUUCCAGACCGAGAGGGAGUUCGACAUCCUAGAAGUCUUUGAUGGCCCAAGUACUAACAGCCAGACUCUGGCCACCUUCAGCGGUGACGUCUCCGCGCCCUUCAACAUCACUACGACCGGCCACCAAGCUCACACUGCGAUGGUCUUCUGACCACGGAACUAACAAAGAAGGGCUUCCGUAUCCGCUAUGUUGCCCUGUACUGCAGCACCCCAGACUCGCCCCUACAGGGGUCCAUCAGUAGCCAGACGGGUGGUCACCUCAACAGCCUGGUCCGCUGGGCCUGUGACCGGGGAUACCGCCUCAUAGGGAACAGUACGGCCAUGUGCAGGAGGAACCCCUACGGAUACUUCGCCUGGGACUCCCCCGUUCCGGCUU